AUGGGACCAUAUUGGACAAUCCGUUGGGGGUCUGGAAUCAUCAAAAGGUUAAGAAUCCCUGCUUUAGAGUGCCGUCCUUUUUUUUCUUUCUUUCUUUAUUUCUUUCUUUCUUCUACAGUUGGCCUUUCUUUGUUCUUCGUUUCGUUCGUCUUUUGUCGCCUUUCCUUUUUUUUCUUUUUUCUCCUAUUUUUGUUUCUUUCUUUAUUUUAUUGUCCUUCUUUCUUUUUUCUUCCUUUUUUCUUUCUUUCUUCUAUUGUUGUCUUUUCCUUUUUCUUUCUUUCUUUUUUCCUAUCUUUCUUCUGUUGUCGUCCUUUCUUUUUUUUCCUCCUUUCUUUUUCUUCCUUUCCAUUUCUUCCUUUCUUUUUCUUCCUUUCUUGCUUCUAUUGUCGUCCUUUCUCUUUUCGUUCUUUCUUUCUUUCUUUCUUUCUUUUUUCUUCUAUUGUCGCCUUUCUUUUCUUUUUCUUUCUUUCUCCUUUUGUUGUCCUUUCUUUUUUCUUUCUUUAUUGUCGUCCUUUCAUUUUUUUAUUUCUUUCUUUAUUUUAUUGUCCACCUUUCUUUUUUCUUCCUUUCUUCAUUCUCUCUUUCUUCUAUUGCCGUUCUUUCUUUCUUGCUUUCUUUCUUCUAUAUUUCUCCUGUUUUUUCUUCCUUUCUUUCUUUUAUUCCCUUUUCUUUUUUUAUUUCCUUCUUUUUUAUUCCUUUCUUGCUUCUAUUGUCGUCUUUUCUCUUUCCUUUCUUUCUUUCGUCUAUUGUCGUUCUUUCUAUUUUUUUUCCUUCUUUCUUCUUUCUGUCCUACCAUGUUUUCUUCUUCUUUUCUUUCUUCUAAUAUCGUCUUUUCUUUCCCCUUUCUUUUUCUUCUAUUAUCGUCUUUUCAUUUUUCUUUCUUUCUUUCUUUCAUCUAUCGCUAAAAAUAUUUUUUUCUUCCUCACUCUCUUUCUUUCUCCUCUCUUUUUUUUCUUCCUCUAUCUUUAUUUCUCUCGCUUCCCCCUAUUCCCCUCUCUCUCUCUCUCUCUCUCUCUCUCUCUCUCUCUCUCUCUCUCACACACGGUCUCCUUCUUCAGGUUCCGUUCCGUAAUCAUCUCUCUCUCUCUCUCUCUCUCUCUCUCUCUCUCUCUCUCUCUCUCUCUCUCUCUUUGGUAUAACUCUCUGAGGAAACCCUGUGUCUGUCUCCGUCUCUCUCUCUCUCUCUCUCUCUCUCUCUCUCUCUCUCUCUCUCUUUGGACUCUUGUAUAA